AUGGCAGUUGUAAUUUAUAUUAAUUGCGAAACAAGGAAAUUAAAGCCUUCGAUGCUCUACGAGACAGGUGAUACUAACUUAUUUUCCCUUCUUCAAAAAGACAAGGGAGGUAUAUCGCAUGCUAAAUCUAUUUUAUUGACACAACUGUCAUGUGCAGCAGACAAGAAAACGAAAAGACGGCUUGUAAGUGAUUAUUCAGAUUAUGUGAUCGAAGUGGGCGAGCAAAGAUGCAAAAAGAACCGUAUAUUCAGUGUUAUCAGUCUGCUAAAAGGUAAUUUGCAACUUGUUUGCAAAGUUUUUAUGUAUGGUAUGCUGCUUAUGCUAUUUCUUUUGCUUGCCUUCGACUUCUUUGACUAUUUCUGGAGUUGUGUACUCAGGAUUAACUCUUAGAGUCAACGAUAUGGUAUCAAAUAAAUGUACUGUGCUGUACGUGAUUUAGUUU